UCCGUACAACGUGCGAAGAGGCGUGGUCCUGCGUUGUGCGCCUGGAACGAGAACAGACACUUUUGCUUUUUGUUUUCCGCCGUCAUCGCCAUCAAACAACACCUUGCGAUGGAGAAACUUAUUUAACAAUAUCACUCAGGGUUUCUAACGACGUACAUUAUAACGUCGUAGUGUCUUCGUUAUGGGAAAUGGCCGUAUCUAGUGUGUCCAGCGCUCGUGCUAAAUUGAACUUUUACUGUCAGUGAUGCGUUACAACGAGAAGGAGAUGAUGCAUCUGAGCCGACAACCUUCAGAAAUGGUCGCCGAGCUGGGGAUGCGUGGACCCAAGAAAGGAGACGUUGUGAAGAGGAGGCUAGUGAAACUCGUCGUUAACUUCCUCUUCUAUUUUAAGACUGAUGAGGAAGAACCUGCUGGAGCGCUGCUAUUGGAGCAGUGUCGGGUGGAGAAGGAGGCCAGCCAGACCUUCUCCAUUGCGUUUCUGGAAGAUGCAGAACGAAAAUAUCUUUUUGAGUGUGACUCUGAGGAGCAGUGUGUAAAGUGGAUAGACUCCAUCAUCAAGGCAAGCUAUGAAUUCAUGAGAAGAAACCUCAUCUUCUACAGAACUGAAAUCCACAGGCUCACUGGAAAAGAUCCAUUGGAGCAGUACGGCAUAUCAGACGAAGCUCGUUUUCAAGUGACUAAUGGCCUGCAGCAUUCACCCAGGGACGCCUCCUCCAUGUAGACAGACCACCAUUGUGCAUUUUCUUUUCGGUUCUUCUCGCCACCUCGAUAGUACCACCACCCUGGACUCACAGUGGCAUUACUGAAAGCACUCCUUUGUUCUUGCAUUAUUUUUAGAUUAUUGCUUUUCAUCAGUUGACUACUGGCUGUAGGACUUUGAAACCACUGGCUUGCUGUGGCGUUGUCAUCAAAACUGUUUUUAUUUUAGAGUAAAUAUGGGCCUACUGUCAUUAUAGAUAUGGUAAUUUCUGUGAGUCACAAGGCAAUAUUUGAUUUGCAACUGGUAGAAUCAAUCAGGACAACGGGAAAAAUGUUAAUGGAUACUGUGCACCAUUUUAGAGAAAUUAAGCCUAGAGUUGCUUGUGGAAUUUGAAAUGCUGCGUUGAGCCACAAUUGUGUAUACAUUAUAUACUGGAUGUAUAUAUAUUUUUUGUUUUUACUUGGUCGAAAGAAAAUUCUUAAAAGGUUAUUUUUAUAGUUGCUCAUCGAAACUACUUGGUUUAACAAAAGACUUGCAUUUGCACAUAGUACUUGGUUUUGGGGGUUUAUUUUAUAACAGUUUCAAAAAUGUACUUGAAUUAACUUUGUAUUUUCUAUUGCACUUUCACAUUUCUUUGGUUAAGUUGGACCAUCCCAGUUUUUGUAUGGCGCUAUAGCUCACCCGCAUUACAUGUAAAGACUUCUGUAGGCUGCAAUAUAGUGUUUAUAUGCAUAAACAUCCAUUUCAUAAGCAGUA